AUGAAGGUUAAAUGGACCAUGUUGGGCAUGGUUGUCUUCUUCCUGCUUUCUGUGGUUAUGACCGUCUGCUUCAUUUGGCAAUACAGGAUACCGAAGUUGAAGACAGUUGACAUGAAAGAAAUAGAAGCGGAAGAGAUGUGCCCUCGUUAUCCUGAACCUGUGCCCCUCAAACAUCCCAUUACAUCUCUAAGAGUAGCUUUAGAGAAGGUUGAUUUACUCCUCAAGAGCUGUGUUGACAGCACCAAGCUUCCGGCAAUAUCUGCCAUUUUGGUUUUAAAUGACUCUAUACUGUGGAAUGGUAAUUUUGGUAAAAGGAACAGAAGUGACCCAAAAUCUCCAGCGCCAAAUGAAUACACAGUUUACAGAAUUGCAAGCCUAUCCAAAAUAUUUCCAACUCUGAUGCUGUACAAGCUGUGGGAGGACGGUCUGGUGGACUCACUUGAUGAUCCAGUGGAGAGGUACAUAAAGAACUUCACCAUCAAGAAUCCGCUGGGGAAAGAGGGAGCGCCAGCAUUGUCGUCAGGCAGGCCCUUCAAUAGGACUACUAUUACGUUACGAAGAAUGGCUAGCCAUCUUUCUGGCUUACCCCGAAGAUUAAGGUCAACUAAUCUUCUCUGGAACAAAGACACAAAUGCAGCUCUUCAUUUGUUACAAGAUGAUGUCCUUGUUGCAGAUCCCGGAACAAAAUGCCACUACAGCAACGUUGCCUUUUCAUUACUGGCCAACAUCCUCGCUGAGAAGAUAACGGGAAUGGACUUUGAAAAGUGGAUAACCCGUAAUAUUUUGCAUCGGUUCAGCAUGAAGAACACUGGUUUCAACAUGACUCCGGCCAUUCAAAAGGAGAUGGCUGUGGGCGUCUACAACAACGGUCAGCCGGCUCCCCUUUACAACCUGGGCUGGUAUCGACCCGCCGGUCAGAUGUACUCCACAACAGCGGACACAGCAACGCUAAUUAAGGUCCUGCUGGGCUCGUAUAGUAGGACGUUUCUCCGAAAAGACACCCUUAACACUAUGCUAGCCCCGCUUUUCCAGUGCCAGACUGGGUAUUUCACCGACUACACUGGCACACCAUGGGAGAUCAAUCAACAACUUGGCUAUGACGUGGUCAGGAAAGACGGUGACUUGGAUGGUUUUGCUGCCUCUCUGUCACUAGUGCCACGUCUCAAAUUAGGAAUGGUGGUCCUGAUGGCAGGGGUCCGACCUUCAGACCAGGAUAUUGUGAGGCAGGUCUACAACUACCUCAUUCCUGCAUUGGAAAGCGCUUUCAGAGAUGCUGAACUGACUCCUAAACCACCACCUGACCCAACUCCGUAUAUAGGUUUUUUCACUUAUAGGAAUAUGACUUUCUAUGAGAUUAAAGUGGGGUCCAACGGGGGUCUGGUCAUGCAACAGUUUGGACCACAGGUGGAUCGUACCAUCCCAAGCAAUUUCCAAACUAUCCAACUUCAUUACCUUCAAGAAAGAGUGUUUAGAGUUGUGUUCAAAAGUCCAUAUCCUUGUAAAUUAAUAGUCAACAGUGCCUCGGUCUCGUUGGAGACUCAAGACAGACAGCUUUUUAACUUUUAUGUCUUCAACAAAAGAGGUGUUUCACCAGGUUUUGAUUCGCCAGGACUCAAUACUUAUAAAGUCAUGAGGAUGGCAAGCAGACCGUAUUUUACUACAUAG